GCUGCAUUUCAAUGCAGGGUUUUUUUUUUCGAAUUCUAAAUUUGAACGUGGCCACGCGCCAGUCUCGACGCGUGCGCAUCGCGUCGCGCAUUUCUGAACGGAACGGUUUUACUUUUUUAAUUAAAUUCUAGAUUUUUUUUAAAUCUAUGGAGCAUGGACACAGUUUGGAAUUUUUCUGUGCUUAUUAUUAAAAAAACAUAAUUGUAAGACGGAUUUUAAGUGCCAAACGUUUGGACUUUUCUCGAGCUAAGCAUAGAGUCCUGUAUCGGCCAGAGACAGCGUUCCAAAUAUAAACCCAGUGCUAUUCCACAUUUAAAUUAAGAACCAAGUGAAGUGUUGGAACGUGUCAUGUUCCAUGUUCAAACUCUAAGAACGUAGACAAUAGUUUUUUUUUUAAGUUUUGAGAUCCAUGGUUUUUGGACGCAAUGGGGAAGAAGAAGAAACCUAAUGGGAAGAAAGGUGCGAAUAGAUUCUUUCGCUGGAUACGAAGCGAUCUUCCGGAUGAAGAAGACAAGAAAUCACCCGUCCUGCUCUUAGGAGUAAACAAGAUUUCCGACUCUCCAUUUUUCCUACGAAGAAGAAUCACAGACCCUCAUACUUCCGGCUCCAUACGAUUCUUCCGACCACCAAAGUCCAAAUACACCAGAGGUCUAAAUGGAGACGAAAGACUCGAGAAAAUCAGGCAAGAUUUACUGGUGCAUAAACAUAAAGCGGAUACGUACAUUCCAAAUAAUAAACAUGAAGUCUCUAUAGAAUCAGAGUCCAGAGAGCAUUGUAUUAAACUAAGUUGUGUAAGAAACUGCAUAUGUGACAGAAACAAAUCUUCAUCAAACAGGGGGUCAUUUUCCUUUCACAGACCCGAAAAUAGACAAUCUUCUUUAUGCCCAUCAGAACCUUACGGAAAAGCUGAGCGAAAGGAUAAUUCGGAGAACGAAAUUGAAUUUAAAUAUACAGAACACAUUCCAGAUGUCCAACCGUCUAGUAGCAAACAGAAUUCUUACAACGUAACCCCAAAAUCGACUGAAAGAAGACAUUUUUUACUUGCUAACCUAAAUGAACGAUUUCGCAAAACAUUAAGCUUGGACUCGCGUAAAAUAGAGACCAAUAGAGUGCUGAGUCUGCCACAGGAAUCUCGACCUAAGUCACUAGUAAAUACAAGCAACAUUUGCGUCCAGCAAUACAAAUCAGGAGAUCCAUUUCUUCCGCAAAAUUUUGACAAGGCCAACCAACCGAAGAAAAAACGAAAAUCAUUUUUUUCGCUAGACACCUUUUUCGAUACUAAAAAAUCUGAUACAUCAUCCAUUGAUGACUAUUGCUCGUCUAAAUAUAAGCGUUUUGAACUAGAAAGCGAUGAUUCUCCACUUUUCAGACGAGAUUUAAGCAAAGAAAAAACACCUGAUCUGUUAAAUCUACCCGUUAUCAUAGAUUCUGUUCGUAAAAAGCAAUCGGACACUAAACGCCAGUUAGAGAAACUAGAAAACCAUUACUAUAAAAGCUUGAAUAAAACACGAGCAGUUAUAGACGCUGUUCCAGCUGAUGCGACAGACCAAGGCGAAGGACCGAGUGGCCAUUCCAACCACCUAUUUCUUUACGAUGACGAUGUCGAAUAUAUUGAACCAAUUCGAAGUAACUUUACAAGCCAAAGCACUUUAAUAUUAGACAAAAGCAACCCUGGUGAUAGCACUUUAAAGCCAGGCUCAAUUUUAACAAUAAACACUGAAGAAACGGAUAUUAAAUUACCAAGUUCGACAGUUUCCCCUAAAUCAAAUGAUGUUAGGUGCUUAGAAAAUGAUCUGGACAGUAUAGGGGCAUAUGAAAUUGAAGUGAAGGAAUCGGAUUUGUUGAAAGAGUGUUCUAAGAAACUGGUGGUGAAAGUGAUGGAUAAAUCGGUGGAUUCGAUUGGAAGUUGCUCGCUAGACGUCGACGCCAGUACGGAUUUUUCAGAUACCACAUCCGGAAGCUUGAAUCUCCUAACACCAUCGUCAACGACUAGCAGGAUACGGGAUUUUACGUCUCGAAUACAAGAAAGAGUGUCCAACCUUCAACCAAACUCCACCCCCCAAGCGAUAUCACCAGCCAGAACCCCUGAUGACACAACUCCAACCCCUAAAAGAACAGAUAACCUAUUAAAACCCCCUCCGAAAAUUUUCAUAGACACCUCAAGUCACAGAUCAAGGAGUCAUUUGAAAAAACGGGACGAAGUACCCCAGAAAAAGCCUAGUUACUUAAACCUCGCUUGCUCUGUCAAUGGCUAUACAAAUCUAACUACAUACGAUUCAAAACUACGACAAGAUAUCAAUAAAAGUCGUGAAGCAUCCCCUAUAAGGCCUAUAACACACACAUACCAAUACAAAAGUGAAAGUAACUCCUUAUUAGUACCAAUACCAGUUAGUGCAAAUAAGCUGUUAGUACCAGCGUUCGGUCCCCAUGAUACUAGAAAAAAUUUGACAGCGAAGGCGCCUCCCAAGGCGCACACAGAUCCCCAGAUAUCUUCACCGUCACAUGCCUUCAUGGCUGCGGAAAAUAAACAGUUGAAAAACGAUUUCUUGGGCCCGAGUAUGACGACCACAACUCGUCCCUACAUAUCGAGUGAGAGCAAAAAUUUCGCAACAUCCAUGCUUCAUCAGGAUGAAGUCGAUAAUUCUAAGGAAAUCGCUUUCAAAUCUAGCUAUUCGGAAACCAAUUUUCGACAAUCUGUAACAACUAAUGGUAAAGAAAGUAGAUUUACAUCCGAAUCGUAUACUAUAUCAUCGAAUGGGGUGUCUAAACGUGUUGAAAUAACUAAGGAAAAUGGAGAGAAGCUGACGAGUCCAAUGAAAAGUUUUAUUCAACAGCGUGUAGAACGGUUAUACGGCCCAGGAGCGUUAGCGCAAGGAUUUUUCAACCAGAAAAGACAUAAAUUAAAAAGUUCAAGCGAAGAUGACGACUCAAAAGUGUUAACUGAAAAAUCUUUGAACUGCUCAAGCGAAAUCUUUCUGUCUCCUCGAAAAUCCAAUGACAGUUUCGAUGAAAACUGUAGUCCGACUAAGGAAGACCCUUCUGUUUUACCAGUUUUGAGGCAUUUAAGGCCAGAAUUCAGAGCUCAAUUACCAAUUCUGUCGCCGCGAAAGAGUUUAAAACCCGAUCUUUCUCCAGAAAAAACUGACAUUCCCGUACAAAAGACUGACAUUGGAACUAGUGAAGUGACGAAUGGUGUAUCUGUGAUAAAUUUAGACGACUCUGUGAGUGAAAGUGAAAGCAAAGUGAACUGUGUUAACAACAAUGGUGUAAGCAAAGUGAACGGGGAUGCACAAGUGAAAGAUGCAUACUACUUCUUGGAUUUGGAGAAAAAAGAGACUGAAAGGUUGAUUGCGUUGGCUGUUGGAGCUGAGAAGGAGUUGGAGAGUUUACAGAAUCAAGACAAUGUAAGUGAGGAAAUCCUCGGGUUCCUGCGCGCCGCUUCGGGUAAAGCAAGACUACUGGCCACGCAGAAGAUGCAGCAAUUUGAAGGCCUCUGUUACAACAACAUAAACGAACGUGGCGACGAGCCCUUUCCUACCACGCUGGAAGACUUACAAGGCUUCUGGGACAUGGUGUGUCUGCAAGUUAGGAACGUGGACGCACUGUUUGAACAAAUUGACAACCUGAAGAAGAAUAAUUGGCAGGAAAUCGCCGCCCCGGUAACGAAAUCAGUACAGCCGGCUGUGGCCCGGGGACGUGCGACACGCACGCCUGUUGUAAAGAAUGAGAAGGCGCGAUUGGCUGCCGAGAAGAGAGAGGCAGACAGAAAAGCCAUGUUGGAACACCGCAGACGCGUGGCCCGCGAGCGUCAAAUGGCGGCGCGUGCAACUCCCGCCACAAGUCAAGCAACUGACAACGAGAUAGCAAUUGAAGGCAGCCAGGAGGUGGAAAUCUUCGUGGGCAAAAGCGCAAAGGCAUCCGUCCCGCAAGGCGACUGUUCGCCAGAUCAACAGAGCUGAUUCAACUCACUAAUAUAAACACACAAACAGACAUACAAACUUAUAUUAAUACACGCUUAUACACAGUAACCUAUAAAACAAGUAAGACCAAUUACGCACUCAUCUCAUCCGACUCCGUGAAUAUCACACUUCACACUAAUAUUAUAAAGGCGAGAGUUUGUUUGUAUGUGUGUGUGUGUAUGUAUGUUUGUUACUCCUUCACCCAAAAACUACUAGACGGAUUUGGCUGAAAUUUGG